AUGGACGAGCAAGAUAUUGAGAUGCCAUCACCUAAACGGCAGCGAACGAGUUUGCCUGAAGAUACUCCUUCGAAUACAGCACAGCCAGCAAUAUGGACGCCAGUAGCCGUACCUGGAAUCACGAACGAUGCGCCUACUAAGCAGGAAAGGCUCGAAGACAGAACAAAAGAGUCACUGGCAACAGAUACAGGAGUCCUUCAAGCGACAAGCCAAUUGCCAGAAGAAGCCAAGCCAGAUGGGACUGAUAUGCUUGACUUCCUCAUGCAGCACGUCGAGUCCGAGUCUACCUCGAUUCAGCCAGGGGAGCCAGUCUCCAAUGCUGCCCAUUCAGUCGAAGGACCGCCUGCAAGAUUGAAGGACGAGGAGCCUAUAUCUGGUGAUGUGGAAAUGCAAGAGCAGGAAGUGACAGCAAAUACAGCCCAAGAUUUAGGACAGAAUGAGGACGAGCAGCUCUCGAAGCAAGAAAGUCUUCAGCAGAGUGCUGAGCAGAGUUCAUUGUUCCCACCUCCAGGCUUGGAGGCCGCGGCAGAACCUGUUCUUCAACAAUUGAGACAAGCUGCGGAGGCCAACAACCUUCCUCCUACCGCAGACACCCUAGUGCAAGACCACAUACCUCCUGCCACUCACCCUGUGCCUGCAGAUACAGUCGGCGACUUAGACUGCGACACGGGCGGAGUGGCUUUAAGAGCACCAGACACCGAAGAACGUGAAUGGGCCACCGAUUCCUCGCCUUACUCCUCCGACUCGGACACGUCCUCAGACGACUCCAGCGACGACUCGGACGAUGAUGACGGAGAUGAAUAUACCCUACUCGACCCAUAUGAACAAGCUCGUAUACUCAUGGCAGAAGAUGGUGGUGGAGCAGGAGCUGACAGCGACGAUGAAGGUACAACUCGUCCGCAACGUGUAGCUGGCGGCGGAGGUGCAGGUCUACGUACGACAAAUGAAAAGUCCGAAGACAUCCUUCCCAAACCAGGAAUCGUGGUCACCGAAGAUAUGUCUAUAAUAGAGUUAGGAAAAGUCGAAGCUAUCGUCGAGAACACUGUCCUAAUCAAGGCCACUGUCAGUGUCUCGGAAACAUUGGGAAGAGUUGAACAGCCCUUAUACACUGUUCGGUUCGCUUCAAGCGACGACAUCUCCAACACCUUCAGUCUCAACCCCGAACAGAACAAGGAGGAUGCCAAAGGCACAAAGGUGUACUACGUGAAAGAUCACUCUACCUUCGUCUUUACUCAACCCCUCCGAGCUGCAAAAGGCACAGAUGCAAGCAAUAUUCAUGAUGAAGAGGUGGGCGAGGACGAAAUGGAGUUUAGUGACGACGAGGCUGAAGCCGAGUACAAGAGACUGAAGAAACUACAAAGAAAAGGUAUAGAUCCCAACAGUCAGCAAGGACAAGCUGGUGGCCGAGGCAGCAGAGGUGGACGCGGUCAAAGAGGAAACAGAGGACGAGGCGGGCUUAAUCACAACAACAUGCCCGACUCCUCAAGCUUCGACACCGCCAGCAUGUACUCGUACAAUGGAGGCCGCGACAACGUACAAAUGAACUACGACGAUGCUGAAGAUGGUGAGACGAGCAUAGACUAUACUCCUCUGAGACGUCCCGAAACCAUGUCAAAUAUACAGAUGUCCCCUCCCGGCCAGACCUAUCCCCAAGCCCAAUCACAUCAACAAUACAACAGCAACAAUAAUAAUAGGGGCAACUACAACCAAAACCGCGACCAACGAGGUCGAGGAAGAGGCAACAACCGCGGUCGCGGCAAUCGAGGCAAUUUUCAAAACCAAAAUCAUUCCGCAGCUAAUAGAAACAACUACUCUCCCUCAUCCUCAAAUUCAAUGUACUAUAACAACAACAACAUCCAAUACCCUACACAAGCUCCUCAACAACAGCAAUAUCACCCUCCCAUGCCUCCAGCACCACCACAACAGCAACACCAGCAACAAGGAACAUACUACGCCUACUCACACGCACCAAACGCACCACACCUUCCACCUUCCUCUGCUCCAAACCUUUACGGCAAUAACACGAACAUGCCGCCAAGUCCUAUGACGCCUUUACCGCCUGGAGCAGAUAACUAUGCGUAUCAGAAUCAGUGGGCGCAGUAUCAUGCCAAUCAAGCGCAGCAGGCGGCGAGUCAGCAGGGCCAGUAUGGCUCGAACAGCAUCAACGCUGAUGCGUUGGCGCAGGUCCAGAGACAGUUGGAGGAGAUGAGGAGGCAUGCUCAGGGAUCUUAG